GAAUCAAGAGGUUCAAAGGUCAAUACAUCCACAGUAGGGAAUACAAGAGCCCAGAGAAAUUCAGGGGGAAGAAGAUCGCUGUGGUCGGCAUUGGAAAUUCUGGAGCUGAUUUGGCGAUCGAGCUCAGUCAUGUAGCUGCACAGGUGUUUCUCAGCACAAGGCGGGGUGCAUGGAUUUGGAGCCGAGUCUGGGAUUAUGGGAUGCCUAUGGACACUGUUCUCUCCACUCGUUUUAACACUGUCCUCAACAAAUUUUACCCUACAUUCUUAAUCAACAGAUUGGGAGAGAAUAGAUUAAACGCUCGAUUUAACCAUGACAUUUAUGGUUUGCUACCUCAACACAGCUUUCUAAGCCAUCAAGUUACUUUCGGUGAUGAUCUACCCAACCGCCUAAUUUCUGGAAGAGUUCUGAUAAAACCAAAUGUUAGAGAGUUCACGGAGACAUCGGCCAUCUUUGAAGAUGGCACAGAAGAGGACCUUGAUGUUGUUGUCUUCGCCACAGGAUAUACUUUCUCUUUCCCCUUUUUGGAAAAUGAUUCAGCAGUUCUGGACAGCCAGUGCUCCAUGUUUAAAUUUGUCUUCCCUCCUCAGCUAGAGAAACCAACACUAGCUAUCAUUGGCAUCCUCCAACCACUGGGAGCCACCAUUCCCACAUCAGAACUCCAGAGCCGAUGGGCUGUUCGUGUCUUCAGGG